UUCUCUUUUACAGUUGUUUUAUUUUUGGAAAGUAAUUGAAAGUGAGAAAAGUAUUGAAGUUGUGUUAAGAAGAAGUUGAGUCCACUUGCGGUCCAUCAAAAACAAAAAACAAAAAAAAAAAAGAAAACAAAUAAAGCGAAGGAAACAGGGAAUAAUAAUACAAGAACUUACCAUUAUACAUAAUUACAAUAUUAGUAAUGUUAUUUAAUGUGAUGGCUUAUAAUGCUGUUAGUUAUUGUUACGAUACAUCGGAUUUUUCUUAUAGAUUAAGGCCCCACGAUUUUGUGGGCCCGCCAGAACUUCUGUUACUAAUAGUUAAGUAAAGCUGAAUAACAAGUUCAAAGUAAAAGUAAUAAAUAAAAACCUUUAAAAAAAAAUCUUUGCAAAAAAAAAAAAAAUUAAAACUCAUUUAUAAUUAAAUUCGCUUUGAAGCAGCAUUGUAGUCCUUAUGUUGCAAUCAGGCAUAAUCGUUGUUGAAAAACCUCCAUCAAUAGCAACUCAACAGCAAAAGCAAAAACCAAAUCACGAAAUUCAAUAUGUCGAAUAUUACGAGCCAACUGAUCCGCCUCUUCAGCAUCAUCAUGCAAUCGUUCUGGAUAAUAAUUUUGCAUUACCACACAAUCAAUCCACACAAAAUAAUCAUCAACGAAUAACUCAAAUGUUACAAUUAAGCGAACAACCUAAUGCUGCUACAACAUCUAAUAUUAUAGUACCAACAGCGGAUUUUGCAUCAAAUCAAAUUUUUAAAAUAGUGAGUACAGAUGGUGCAGGUGGUAUAGAGAGUCGGCAAAUGUUUAUAGAUGCAUCAACGAAUUCUAAAAUGUUGCUUGGUAAUAUAACGAUGUUGCCAAAGCAAGUAGGAAAUGCCACAAAUGCAAAUAAUAUCAGCGUAUUGCCAACUCCACAAAAUAAUCAGCAACCGCAAACUAUAAAUUUUGUAGGUACGAAAAAUAUACCAUACAUUAGCGGAGGAAAUACAGCUCAAUUGAAUGGUAAAAAAUUUCCUACGAAAAAUGCAAAUGUCAAGAAUCAAAUACAAACGACAGGUACAUUUGUCCAGCAAACACCGCAGCAUGUGGUGCAUAAGGUAAAUGUGCCAACGAAAGUGAUUUCACGUAUGCCGACCAUUGUACAACAAGCCACAAAUAACACCAAUCACAAUAUCACACAACAACCAUCAACAAAUCAUCCGUAUGUGGUAUCUCAGUCACACAAAUAUGUAACUGCUAGCAGCAGUAAUAUACCAAAGAUUGGUAAUAUUAUAAAGAAGAAUGUAAAUAAAAGUUGUCAGAAUAAAAUAUCCGCUAAUAAUACACAGCAACAAGGCACUGUAAAAACGUUUAUAGCUCAGCAAGCCUAUCAAUACCAUCCAAAUAACAAUAAUAAAAUCACUAAAACUAAAUUACUUAAACAAUUAGGCAAUACCACUGGUGGCGGAGUCUCAAUUGCAACAUUGCCACUGCAGCAGAGUUUUGGUACCUAUACGAUAAACUCAAAUAAAUUAAAUAGCAGUAAUCAAAAUAAUGCGACAACUAAAGUUACUAAAAUGACUAACAACAAAUUUAUAAUGCAAAAUCAGCCGCAACAUGUUGCUACAUUACCGCAGGGUACGCAACUACAACAUAAAACUAUGCAGGCUACACAGCCACAAAGUAAUAUUGUUGUACAACAGCAAAUACUUCCAAAUUCGAUAGUUGGUGGCAAUAGUAAUUCAAGCGCUUCCAAUAGUAACAUUAAGUAUGUUAAUUCACAAGGUGCUGUUAUACAACAACAUCAAACACAUCCUAGCUCACAGCAUAGUCAAAAAUAUCGCCAACAGUUUCUGGAGACGCCUGUCUGUAUACAACGUGAAAAUAAUACAGUGACGAAUAAUGCAUCUUCUGCAAUCAGUAACUAUCAGACAGAACUCGAUAUGACCGAUGAGAUGUCUGCGCGCAUUCUACAAAGUAUGGCCCAAAAACAUUUUAAUAAGCAACAAGCACAACAUCAUCAGCAAAAACUCAAAGUAUUGCCAUCGCAGUCACAACCCCAUUAUAUAAUACAGAACUCGCCGGGCAGUACAAAUAUUGUCUUGUCUCCGAACGAUUUUUCUACUUAUAAUUCCCAACAACAAAAUUCUUACAUGCCUAUCUCUGCGAAGACAUUAAUAACAAAUGUUGCUAGCAAUUCAGCGCCGUCAAUUUCCUUAUCAAAUGCAAACGCAGAAAAAAAUCACAGUACCUCUGUCAAUAGAUCACAAUCACUAGAACGGAAACAACUUGAUACGAAUUCUGCGAAAAGGGCAACUGAGUUCAUCAAAAACAGCAACGCCAGUUCGCCUGUCUAUCGAAACAAUAAUAAUUUUAAUGGAUUAAGCGUUGGGGCUCUACCAACAACAGAAUCAGUUGCUUUUAUACAGUCAAUUAAGCAGAAUACUGAUACCACUCUUAUAUCGACUAAUAGUUACAGUGCUAAUACUACAGCAAACUUAUCUCAGGAUGACGAUAUUAUUGGUGAAGAAGUAAGACCAUUGCCCAUUACAGAUGAUGUAAAAUUACAUUGUUUACAUGCGGUGUGGCUUGAUCAUACCUAUGCAAAUGCAGCGCCGACACGUUUAACAACGGAAGCUGUGAACAAUAAUGCUAAUAGCAGUACAUUACAUAAAACUGUUAGCAAUAGUGGACAUAUAGAAGCACAACCAAGCUCAUCAUUGGUUGCUAAUCCAGUAUCAAAUAAUUGGACAUUGGGAGGAAUCAGUGCUACAUCUGCAAAUAACGCACCUAGUGAUAUUACAGUAAUAACUGUACCCAAUUCUCUAACGUCGACUUCAAGCGGAACGCCAUCAGUAUAUUCAUUAUAUGGACAACAGAUAACGAGGCAGCCUCAAGACGAUGACGCACAUUCAGCUAUAAGUAAUGGUUCACGAGUUGCAACUGGUGAUAUAGACCCUGGAGAAGAAACAGAGACGGCGCCAGAAGCUGAAGCGGAAGAUGACUCUUUAACUCGUUGUAUAUGUGAUUUGACCCAUGAUGAUGGUUACAUGAUUUGUUGUGAUAAGUGCUCUGCAUGGCAACAUGUGGAUUGCAUGGGUAUUGAAAGACAUAAUAUUCCUGAAGAAUAUUUGUGUGAAAUAUGUCAACCAAGGCCUGUAGAUAAAGUACGUGCUCGUCAAAUACAAUUAAUGAUACGCAAAGAGCAAGCACUUUCCAUGCAAUCGGGCGUAUCUACUUUAGUAGAUGCUGCAGGUGUUAUUGCUGCUUCAAAAAUGCAUUUUAAUGAGAAUAUAAAUAGACCUGGUGCUAAUAUAUCACAGAAGGAUACCUUGCAAAAUAGUAAGAAUAGUGGAGUGUUAAAAAAGGGUAAGGUUCUUAAGAAAACAAAGGAGACUGGCGUUAAAAAACUCAAAAGAGAUAAAAAUGGUGAAGUAUUUUCUAGUGGCAAAAAUAUUCGCAAAGAAGCAAAGAAAAAUACCAAACGCAAGUCCAAAACAACAGAAAAUAGUGCACAUCCAGUUAAACAAUCCAAUCAUAUGAGUAAUUUAAUAGAGCAUUAUGAACAUGCCAUGACGAACCACUACUCUCAACAGUUGAGAGCGCGAAUUUAUUCCUUGACAAAAGUUCCAAGUAUAAUGCAGGCCAUAAAUAUGAAGAGCAAUGAGUUGUUGAAAGACUAUCGAAAUUUCGAAAGUAAAGCUACAAUAGUACCAUUUGCUGGUGGUAAGAUAUUGAUAAGUAAUCAAGACAUAAAAUCUAAUUCGCCAAUUGUUGAGUUGCUGGGAAAAUGUAUGCUUCAAGAGCAAUUUAUAAGUCAAAACAGUCAUGCAUAUAUAAAUGAUCCACCCGUAACAACUAAUCCACUGAAUAAGGUGCAUAAAACUCCUGGUCCGUUUGUAUUUUUUUAUCACCUACCAAAUGUAGAAGAUCAUACAAUUGAAGGAUCAACGUUAACUCAAUUGCAAGGCCAAAAAAUCUGUAUUGACUGCAGAACUUAUGGCAAUGAAGCUAGAUUUGUGAGGCGAUCUUGUCGUCCUAAUGCUAAAGUACAACAUAUUGUUGAAAAAAAUGCUGUUCAUUUGUUUAUUGUAGCAACUACUGACAUACGGGCAAGUACAGAAAUAACUAUAACUCAUGAGCCACAUGAUUUACUAGCAUUGGAAACCCCGAAAUCUAGUAAUAUUUCUGUGAUUUCAACAAGUACGCCUUUGCGUCAAAGUACUUAA